AUGCUUCUGGACGCUGGACCUCAAUAUCCUACUCUAGGAGUGACUACCUUCGGAUCAUCCCGACAUCACUCAACAGGCGAUGUCAACGACCGAGAAGUGGGACUGGGGAUAAAUCCUUUCGCUGACGGGAUGGGUGCUUUUAAAAUCAGCCCCAGCACUCACGAUCUCGCAUCGGGUCAAACUGCCUUCACGUCGCAGGCUCCAGGCUACGCCGCGGCUCUGGGUCAUCACCCCGGCCAUGUGAGUUCGUACAGCAGCGCAGCAUUCAACUCGACACGGGACUUUUUGUUUCGCAAUCGGGGCUUUGGGGAAGCGGCGGCGGCCAGCGCCGGGCACAGCCUGUUCGCUUCGGCCGCGGCUGCGGGCAGUUUUGCGGGACCCCAUGGACAUACCGACGCUGCGGGGCAUCUACUCUUCCCGGGGCUUCAUGAACAGGCGACGACUCACGCUUCUCCCAAUGCACAUGUAAUGAACGGGCAAAUGCGCUUAGGCUUUUCUGGGGACAUGUAUGGCAGAGCAGACCAAUACAGCCAGGUCACUAGUCCUAGAUCGGACCACUACGCUUCGACCCAGCUACACAGUUAUGGUCCCAUGAAUAUGAACAUGGCGGCUCACCAUGGGGCCGGGGCCUUCUUUCGUUAUAUGAGGCAGCCCAUUAAGCAAGAACUGAUAUGUAAAUGGAUAGAGCCCGAACAGUUGACGAAUCCUAAAAAAUCCUGCAACAAAACUUUUAGCACGAUGCACGAACUGGUUACUCACGUAACAGUGGAACACGUUGGGGGACCAGAGCAGUCGAACCACGUCUGCUUCUGGGAAGAGUGUUCAAGAGAGGGAAAGCCUUUCAAAGCCAAAUAUAAACUUGUAAAUCACAUCAGAGUCCACACUGGCGAGAAACCAUUUCCCUGUCCAUUUCCUGGCUGCGGCAAAGUCUUUGCCCGAUCAGAAAAUCUCAAGAUCCACAAAAGAACUCACACAGGCGAGAAGCCAUUCAAAUGUGAGUUCGAAGGGUGCGACAGGCGUUUUGCUAACAGCAGCGAUCGCAAAAAGCACAUGCACGUGCACACUUCCGACAAGCCGUACCUCUGCAAAAUGUGUGACAAGUCCUACACUCAUCCCAGCUCUCUACGAAAACACAUGAAGGUCCACGAAGCAUCCUCCCAAGGGUCACAGCCUUCUCCUGCGGCAAGUUCUGGCUACGAAUCCUCAACACCCCCUACCAUCGUGUCGCCCUCCACAGAAAACCAGACCAACAGUUCAAUGUCCCCGACAUCUUCUGCAGUUCACCACACAUCCAACCACAGCACGCUUUCAUCGAACUUUAACGAAUGGUACGUUUAA